GCAUGGCGGCGGCGAGGUAGCUAGCAACUUCUCCCGUCGCGCACCGCUAUUUCAUUCCUGUCGCCAUGCGUCCCCUCCUCCUCGUCCUUUGCUGGCUUCUUUUCUCCCAGCAGCACACCCCCUCAUACUCCAUAGCCACAGACACACUCUCGCGCGGCCGUUCACUCGCCAGCGACGAGAGGCUUGUCUCCGGCAAUGGCAAGUUCGCCUUUGGCUUCUUCCAAAUGGGCACCAGCAACCUCUUCAACUGGUACCUCAGCAUAUGGUUCAACAAGAUUCCCAAGCUAACCCCUGUGUGGACGGCCAACAGGGACCAUCCGAUCUCUGGUCCGGCUUCUCCAGAGCUCAUAAUUGCCAGUGACGGCAACCUGGUUAUGUUAGCUCAGGGUGCCAUCAUCUGGUCUACCAAGGCAAACAUUACUGCCAACGAUACAACCGUCGCUGUAAUCUUGGACAGUGGCAACCUUGUUCUACGGAGCUCCUCCAACUCUUCACACAUAUUCUGGGAGAGCUUUGACCACCCGACAGACACCCAUCUACCAGGUGCCAAGAUUGGGUGGAACAAGGUCACAGGUCUGAACCGCUAUACUGUUUCAAGAAAGAAUUCCAUUGAUCUAUCAUCAGGUAUAUACUCCUCGAAGAUGGACCUCGAUGGAAUUGGCAGGAUGUUCUGGAACUCAUCUACUGUAUAUUGGUCUAGUGGGGAGUGGAAUGGUAAAUUCUUCAGCUCAAUACCGGAGAUGUCUGCAGGUUCCUCUCUAGCAAAUUUUACGCUAGUCAACAAUGACCAAGAGGUUUACUUCACCUACACCAUAUUGGAUGAGAAUGCAAUCAUAAUAAAUGUGCUGGAUGUCACUGGGCAAAAGCAGCUGCACGCAUGGACCGGGCAGGAUUGGUUCACAAUUAACGACCAACCAAGAUAUCAAUGUGAUGUGUAUGCUGUAUGUGGCCCUUUCACGGUCUGCACUUCUGAUGCAGACCCUUUCUGCAACUGCAUGAAGGGGUUCUCUGUAAGAUCACCUGAAGAUUGGGGCAUAGAGGACAGAACAGGCGGAUGCAUCAGAAACACACCACUGAAUUGUGGUGACGGUGGCAGUGGAAACAAGACAGGUAUGAGUAUGACAGACAAAUUCUACUCUAUGCCGGGCCUUAGGUUGCCUCAGAAUGGCACGGUCAUACCAAGUGCAUCAAGUGCAAAUCAAUGUGCACAAGUUUGUUUGAAUAAUUGCUCUUGCACCGCAUAUUCUUACAGCAAAGACGGCUGCUCUAUUUGGCAUGAUGAGUUACUUAAUGUAGCUACUGAUGGCAAUGGUGAAAUGCUUUACCUUCGCCUUGCCGCCAAAGAGAUGCAGAAUAGGAGAAGGAAUAAGAGUGGAAUGAUCAUUGCCGCGGCAGGAGGUGCAAGCAUUGCCACUUUGGCUGUCUUCGUCUUUCUAGUAGUGAUUUGGAGGAGGAGAAACAAGAAGUGGCCUAUUCACAAAAUGGACAAUGAUCCGGGUGGUGUUGGCAUUAUUGCAUUCAGAUAUGUUGACUUGCAAUAUGCAACAAAAAAAUUCUCGGAGAAACUAGGCACAGGUGGUUUUGGUUCUGUAUUUAAGGGAUGGCUUAGUGACUCAGUUGCCAUUGCAGUGAAAAGGCUCGAUGGUGUCCAACAAGGUGAGAAGCAAUUCCGGGCAGAAGUGAAUUCAAUUGGAAUCAUCCAGCAUAUAAAUGUUGUAAGAUUGAUUGGAUUUUGCUGUGAAGGUGAUAGGAGGUUACUUGUGUAUGAACACAUGCCAAAUGGCUCCCUGGAUUCUCAUCUAUUUCAAAGUCAUGGUGCAAUUUUGGAUUGGAAUGUUAGAUAUCAAAUAGCUCUUGGAGUUGCUAGAGGUCUUGGAUACUUGCAUCAUGGUUGUCGAGACUGCAUCAUACACUGUGAUAUCAAACCACAAAACAUACUUCUGGACACAUCUUUUGUCCCAAAAAUUGCAGAUUUUGGUAUGGCAAAGUUUCUAGGGAGGGAUUUCAGCCGUGUUGUGACUACCAUGCGAGGAACUUUCAGAUAUCUUGCUCCGGAAUGGAUCAGCGGAACAGCUAUUACUCCCAAAGUCGAUGUUUACAGCUACAGGAUGGUCUUGCUAGAGAUCAUAUCAGGAAAGAGGAACUCUCCUAAACAUUCAUGCAGUGAUGGCAAUGUAGACUAUUAUCCUGUUCAAGUUCCGCACAAGCUUCUCCAUGGAGACGUUUUGAGCCUUGUGGAUGCAAACUUGUAUGGUGAUGUGAACAUGGAGGAAGUUGAGAGGGUUUGCAAAGUCGCAUGUUGGUGUAUCCAAGAUAGUGAGUUUGAUCGACCCACAAUGGUUGAGGUUGUGCAGUUUCUCGAGGGAAUAUGUGAACCAGAAAUGCCUCCAGUGCCAAGGUUACUCCUUGCAAUUGCAGGGGGCUAGAUUCAAUGGCAUCCUACUCAGAUUGUGAUCUGUAGCUUCGCAGCAAAUAUCCAUGAGAAUAUGGCAUCCUACUGAGAUUGUAGUGUAUAAAUAAAUUUGUUCUAUGUGACAUGCAAGAACUCCUCUCUCCCGAGCCAAGAACAACAAGAACAAGUGAGCUGAAUGGCUCGGGCGGGGGGAGAGGGAAGGGGAGAA